AUGAACAACCACGAGUUUCUUAGAAUCCAAAAUGGACUUGGUCUUUUAGACUUUAAGUCACUUGAGCAAAUUUUGUUUGACUUUGAUCGAUUUCUUACUUUGCGCACCUUUGUUGGCGGCUUCAGCCUAACCGAGAAGGAUAGUAAGCUAUGGACGGUGCUAUGCUUAAACAAGGUCGCAUUGGGCUUGAUCCGUCGAUCAGUUUUCGUUAACAUUACGCGAUGGUAUACAUACCUUGAGAAAACCUAUCCUGAGCUUCAGGACGAGGCCAAGCUUCAAAAGAGCGGUCCUCAAGCCGCCAUCUCAGCUGCUGAUCAACGCCAGAGUCGUUAUGGCAUACAAUUGCAAGAUACCGAUAAGGGAGUUGUUACUCGCUUCCCUCCCGAGCCGUCCGGCUACUUGCAUAUUGGCCAUGCAAAGGCAGCCUUUUUGAAUGACUACUUUGCUCACGACGCUUAUAAUGGCUCUCUUAUCCUUCGAUUUGAUGACACAAACCCGACGAAAGAGAAGCAGGAAUACGAGGACUCUAGUAUUGAGGAUCUUGUAUCCAUGGGCAUCCGUUGCCAGAAAGUUACAUAUACGAGCGACUACUUUGAGCAGCUCUACCAGCUAUGUCAGAAGCUAAUCUCCCAAGGCGACGCCUAUGCUGAAGACACCGAUCCUCUGGUUCAGAAAGCAGAUCGCAAGGCUCGAAAAGCUAGUGCUCGACGUGAUCGCCCGGCAAGUGAGAGCUUGGCAAUCUUCAAAGAGAUGCGAGAUGGCACCGAUUUUGGACGAAAGCAUUGCAUCCGUGCGCGUAUUGCUUUUGACAGUAGCAAUGGAGCCUUGAGAGAUCCUAUCAUCUUUCGAUUUCCACAAUGGGGAAAAGACGAGGAGCCACAGCCACAUCAUCGAACAGGGUGGACGUGGAAUAUUUACCCCACGUACGAUUUUGCCUGCCCAUUAGUCGACUCUAUUGAGGGAGUGACACAUGCACUGCGCACGACAGAGUACUCCGACCGGAAUGACCAAUACUACUGGUUUCUAAAGGCUUUGGAUAUGCGUCAAGUUCAUUUGUGGGAUUUUGCGCGACUCAACUUUAUCCGCACCUUCUUGUCGAAGCGUAAACUAUCCAAGGUAGUUGACAGUGGCCGGGUAGAUGGUUGGGAUGACCCUAGAAUGCCCACCAUCAGAGGCAUUAUCCGUCGUGGCCUGAGAAUAGAUGUCCUUCGCGAUUUCAUGUUGAAGCAAGGACCGAGCCGCAACGUUGUCAAUAUGGACUGGACUGUGCUGUGGGCACUGAACAAAAAGGCGAUCGACCCAAUUGCCCCAAGACACACUGCUGUGGAAGCCAAAAAUAUUGUUGUUGCGACUAUUUACGGAGGCCCCGAUACACCAUAUCACGAGGCUCGACCAAAGCACCCGAAGAAUCCUUCAAUUGGUAUGAAGGAUGUUGUUUUUGCAAACAGGGUCUAUCUCGACCAAGCUGAUGCUGCGUCCUUUAAAGAGGGCGAGGAGAUUACUCUGAUGACCUGGGGGAAUGCGAUUGUCAAGACCAUUACGAAAUCUGACCAAGGAACCGUAACUGCACUAGAUCUUGAUCUCCAUCUUCAAGGCGAUGUUGGCAAGACAGAGAAGAAGGUGCAUUGGCUUGCUGCACAGGAUGAUAAGUUAAUCCAAGGAGAACUGUGGGAGUUUGAUCAUCUUUUGACCAAGGACAACUUGGAGAAGACAGACAAUCUCGACGACUUUCUCAACCAUGAUACAGAGAGCUCAGUCAAUGCGUUCUUGGAUGCUGGUGCUGCCUCACUUGCUGCGGGCGAUGUUAUUCAGCUAGAGAGGAAAGGAUACUAUCGUGUUGACAAGCCUGCUACUGGUCAAAGCGACAGUAAAAUCGUUUUAUUCAAGAUACCGACUGGUACAACCAAGAGAUAACUAGAUCCACUAAAUUUUUAGUUUGGAAUAUAUAUUUUCUAGUAGCUUAGAUUUUACGAUCAACGUAUAUCUGAAUAAAUAGAGUCAUUGCUCUAGUCGCUGUAUUUUG